AAGAAAAGAAAAGAAAAUAUUAAAAAAUUAUAUUCAAAAAUAGAAUACAAAGUACAAUAAUAAAUAUUCCCAGCACGGUACAAAGCAAUUACGCAUGAAUUGAGAAAAAGUUUACUCUCCUUUCAUUCAAGCCGGCGUCCCAAUUGCUGACACAUAAUCUGCUGCAUAAAAUAUAUACAAAUUGAAACUUAACGACAACAAUCCAAUCAAAUCGCUUUUUGUUUGAAAGUUCGUUUCGAUGCUGGCACAGACGUCAUCGUUUAUAUGUCCAGAAGGUGAACAAAACAAUUUUUAUUAACAAUAACGGCCCAGCAAAGGCAUAUAUAGAUACGAGAUAUCCACGAGAUCUACGAUUCGCUAUGACAUCACUCUGACUAUGGCAUACACUUCAUAAUGCUCUUAUUCGGAAGUAAUUACGAAAGCAACUACGAAAGGAAUCACUUUUAUUAUUAUUAAGCUAAGGAAAUAAAGAGAGAGAGAGAGAGAGAGAGAGAGAGAAAGAGAGAGAAUUUAUAUUAAAUAAUAUAAGAUAAGAUAAUAAUCGAUACAAGUAAAAUCGCAGCAAAGCAAGAACAUAAGAGAACGAAAUCUUAUUGUGAUAUAGUUAUUAAUAUUAACUUCAUUUUAGUAAAAGUAAAAAACUCAAAAUACAAAAAAAAACAAAAAGUCAUCUUUCAAAGGAACUCAGUUCAACUCUCAAGAAAUUUAUCUACAAUCAUUAAAUGUUUUAACAAGUACUAUAUUAUUCAAUUAAUUCUAUCAAUAAGGUCAAGUAGCGAUAAUAAGGAAAGGCAUUAAUCUGAUAUAUUAAAAAUAUUACGUUUACACAAUUAAAUUUACUUAACAUCCCGCUGAAAAAUUAAGUUCAUUUUAUAAGAAAACGCCGAUAUAAAUCCUCAACAGAUAUACGCACUUCUGGCCUAUAGAAGGAAAAAUUAAAUAAGUAAAAACCGAUGAUUGACAUAAAUGGUAAUGAUAGCGUUUAUUCGUUUUUAGGGCCUCAGUUGCCGGCAACGCGGGUGUUAACAACCGACGAUACUGAUAAUGCGGGCGAAUUCGAUUUAGCCCCGAUCGACGUUCGUGAAUUUCUAGCGAGUGCCCGUGGCAAUGAUAUCGUUCAGCAAACAGUAACGGACUCGACAAGGCAUCCGGCGUUACUUACUUCGGAAAGAUUUUUCAAUUUUACUCUCUACACCGUUUACGAUGGCGACAAUGAUUCAUUAUCUAGCACGCAGCAUUCGUAUGACGGCAUUGAAAACUGGACAAAGACAUGCGAAAACGUUUACGACCCUCAAUCGAGUAGUAAUCUCUUGGAGUUUUGGGUCUGCGGCAUAGCACUGAACCUUGUCGGGAUUUUGGGUAUUAUUGGUAAUAUUAUAUCGAUGAUUAUAUUGUCACGACCACAAAUGCGUUCUAGCAUUAAUUAUUUGCUUAUAGGCUUAGCCUGCUGUGAUACCAUUUUAAUCGUUACCUCAAUGCUAUUGUUUGGCAUACCGUCCGUAUAUCCGCACUCAGGCUACUUUUUUUUGUAUUAUAAUUACGUGUAUCCGUUUAUAUCGCCUGCCGUAUUUCCAAUAGCUGUUAUUGCGCAGACGGCGAGUAUUUAUAUGACAUUUACCGUAACAUUGGAACGCUAUGUGGCCGUUUGUCAUCCUUUAAAGGCCCGAGCGUUGUGUACGUAUGGUCGAGCAAAAAUCUAUUUUGUUGUUUGUGUAAUAUUUGCGUUGCUCUAUAAUCUCCCCCGAUUUUGGGAAGUGCUUACGGUUACUUAUCAACCGCCUGGCAGUCCAGUGGUAUUGCAUUGCGUUCGUCCCUCGCCCCUUCGACGUAAUUUAACUUACAUUAACAUCUAUAUACAUUGGUGUUAUUUGAUUGUCAACUAUAUCAUUCCCUUUUUGACCUUAGCGAUACUCAAUUGUCUUAUCUAUCGUCAGGUGAAGAGAGCCAAUCGCGAACGUCAACGUCUGUCACGUUCAGAAAAGCGCGAAAUCGGUUUGGCAACAAUGUUAUUAUGUGUUGUGGUCGUGUUUUUCCUUUUCAAUUUCUUAGCCUUGGUUUUAAAUAUAUCUGAAGCAUUUUACAAUUUUAUUGAUCCAUCCCUUACCAAAAUUUCCAAUCUGUUAGUAACGAUUAAUAGCAGUUGCAAUUUUCUUAUUUAUGUUAUAUUUGGCGAGAAAUUCAAGCGCAUUUUUUUGUUGAUUUUUUUCAAGAGACGCCUCAGCCACGACCAGCCCGAUCUCAUACAUUACGAGAGUUCCAUAUCGAACAAUGGUGAUGGUACCAUAACACAUCGGUCGUCGGGGCGUUUCUCUCGUCAUGGCACUCAACGUAGCACCACGACCACAUACUUGGUAACCGGAUCGGGAAAUAAUACAUUGAAUACACGACUUUCGGACACGCAGACUUCACCGGGAAUAAUAAAAAUUAAACGCACUCGAGCACCAUCGCCAGGACCGGUUGUCUAUUAUCCGGCACGUGACUUACAACGUACGUCUCCCUUGCUAAUAUCUAAUAAUAAUUCGCCAUUAGGCUGCCAUUGGGUGGAUGGCAAAAGCAGGCAAAUGACAUCGGGAUUCUGAUAUUCGAAUUCUGUCCCUUUCAGCAUAAUCUGGACUGAAUGUAUGAUAAACAUAAAAAAGAGGACUUUUUGUUUUUUCCUUUUCGCUGCUUUCUCAUAAAUAAUUACUAAUGAACUUACCUAAUUGCAAAUACUUAAUUAGGCCUUCUCGCCGAUGGGAAAUACAACACAUGCCGAUCCAUAUGCCAUUAAUUACCCUUGUACACAGCGAUCGUAUAUGUAGGGAG